GUCUCCAUUCAGCUCUCUACCCUGGGCCAGUCCAGUGGUGGGUCAAUGAGCCCCGCGCAAACUCCACAGAAGCGCGGACGGGCUUUUGUUAAGUGGACUCCACUCCAGGAGUUGUGAACGGCAUCCCCUGGGACCUUGGAGUCCCUUUCGCAGCUGCUAGUGUGGCGCCGCCCACCGACUUCUAGGUAUUGGAGCCCUGGGUCCACGGGGCCCCUACUCUGGGUAUCUGUCUCCCCUAGUAGUGCACACGCCGCCUCCAACCACGCACGCUGGGGCCCCCGCGGCUCCUCUCCCCUCGGGAACCGCGAUGCCCCUGGGUCACAUCAUGCACCUGGAUCUGGAGAAGAUCGCCCUCGAGUACAUAGUGCCCUGCCUGCAUGACAUCGGCUUCUGCUACCUGGACAAUUUCCUGGGGGACGUAGUGGGCGACUGCGUCCUGGAGCGCGUGAAGCAACUGCAUUGUAACGGCGACCUGCAGGACGGGCAGCUGGCUGGACCCCGCUCCGGGAUAUCCAAGAGGCAUUUGCGGGGAGACCAGAUAACCUGGAUUGGGGGCAACGAGGAAGGUUGCGAAGCCAUCAACUUCCUCCUAUCCCUGAUCGACCGACUGGUUUUGUACUGUGGAAGCCGCCUGGGCAAAUACUAUGUCAAAGAAAGGUCCAAGGCAAUGGUGGCUUGCUAUCCUGGGAAUGGCACUGGCUAUGUUCGACAUGUAGACAACCCUAAUGGAGAUGGGCGCUGCAUCACCUGCAUCUACUAUCUGAACAAGAACUGGGAUUCCAAGCUACACGGUGGGAUCCUUCGAAUAUUCCCAGAAGGAAAGUCCUUCAUAGCAGAUGUGGAACCUAUUUUCGACAGGCUACUUUUCUUCUGGUCAGAUCGGAGGAAUCCACAUGAAGUACAACCUUCCUAUGCUACGAGAUAUGCUAUGACUGUUUGGUACUUUGAUGCAGAGGAAAGAGCAGAAGCCAAAAAGAAAUUCAGGAAUCUAAUUGGGAAAACGGAAACCUCCCGAAAUGAGGACUGACCUGGAGAUCAGUUGGCACUGUUCUUCUCAGAAACAUAAUUCCUGAAUUCUCUGCAAGCAAUCAGAUCCAAAGAUGACCUCUUCAUUGACUCGGGAAGGAUAUUCUUUCCCAUAUGCUAGAAACGCACCGUUCGUGUCUCUUAUCUUGCCUGUGGUACUCAGCAUUCUUCUGCCAGGACUAUAUCCAUCUCCAGACAUUCUCUGUGACUUUGGAAGAACUUAAAGACUUACCUACUCCAGAAAUAUUGUUGAGCAAUGACCCGUUCAACAAGUUUAGCAGAUGACUUUUUGGCUCCACCAGUUGUAAAGAUGAUGAACAUGGAAACAUAGGGGAGGAAACAAAUCUUAUUUGCACUUUAUGUAAACUUUUUUGGAUUGAAAGAAAGCUUUGCCAAGAAAUGUUGCCUCUGGAAGCAAUUUGAGAGGUUGACCUAAGGAAACAGUUUAGUGUUCUUAGUACACCGCUCAACUAGAUAUAAUGUAGGGCUAUCGGGCAGGCUUUCUAUAGCAUUAGCUCAAGUUUAUGUUUUCACUGUCUCUACAAAGGGCUGUCCUUGUCAUUGUAAUACAUUCACAUAAACCUUGUUGGCUGUUCUAAUUUUGUUCCUUCUUCCUAAUAUUGGAAGUAAAGCUUCUUGCUUCUGCUCAAGUUGGGUGAAAGUAUUAAUCUUGGAUGAGAUAAGAGUACCAUUUACUUCUCUUUUUAUUUUCUUCCCUCAAGAGGUUGGUUCAGUAGUCUAGCCAAGGUUGUAAGUUAACCACUGUUAUACUGUUUCUUUAAUAAGGUAGAGUUUUGGAUCCAAGGGGAAAAGUCUGUCUGGAUCUUAGAACCAAUCUAUAAUUAGGUAAAAUCAAACCAACAAACAGACUGGUUGGCAGUCUUUUUGUUUGUUUAAAUUAACAAAAUUUUCUCUUCCCACCCCACCCAUGAUAAAAAAAAUACUUGUGUCAAUAACUCAUGCCUUGUUGAACAAAACAAAGUCCUACGUUGGCUGUAUCCCAAAUUAUACUUCUUUUCCUUGAGACAUCAUUUCUCUGUCAAGAGGUAGAUAGUAGCAUGGUUCCAUUGGGCCUCAGACUUUAUAUGUGUGUUCACUUGUUCUGGUGGGGAAGAGGGCCCAAGAGAAUUAGCAAUGUCUUCCCCUUUUAAAAAAAAAACGAGGCCAUACUCUUUUGAGGAAGUGGGGUAAGAAAUAAAAUCUACAUUUUAAAAAGAAAAUAGAAAUAAAAAAUUCCUGGAAAACAACUAUGUUGAGUCAUUUGACUCUGACUCACCCCACGAGCUUUCAUUUCUACAACCAACUUUUUGGUUUCCUUGCUACCUCGGGCUCACACCUGUUGUCAUUGUUACAGAGGUCAUUUUCAUUUACAUAGGUGUAAUAAUGAGAUUGUGAAAAAUAUU